ACCUCUUACGUCAACUUAAAAUCGAAGUAGAUUUCUCCAGGCGUACACUCCUUGUUUCUGUAUUGUAACUAACACUUUUGUACAUACAUUCUUUAAUAUAGUAUGCUUGAAGCCACAAAGGCUUACCGCUGUACAGGAACCUCCUUACGGAGUACCACGCAUGGGAUCAAUAGCUACGCUUCCCAGCUAAGCUAACGUUGCUGCAUCUUUUAGCAAAACUUGCUAGCUAAGAAGCUAACGCUACCGUCGAGCUAGCUAUGAUUACUACUAGCCUAGCCUGCUAACCAGUGACAACUGACAAAAGGGCACAGAUGAUCCAGAGCAUGCCGGAGUGAAAAAAAAAGUGUUUCCUGUUUGUGUCAUUAGCUACUACAGCUGACACUCACUUUCAGCCUAAAGACAUAUUCAGAAAAACCCACGCCACAACCCCCUCUGCAGUUUUGCCUGCAUCUGAACCAUGUGAGGGUCCCUCGGUCCAGUCUGAGGGGAAUCCCAGGACUGUUGAAAAUACAACCCCGCUGUGCGGGGCUGGACUUAACCCGCCUGUGUCUGAGAGAGCAGCAUUUCCUGUAGCCCGCUCCCUGUUGACACAUUCCUUUUCUCCUUACCAAGGAGACGCGCCAUGAUGUUCCGAGACCAGGUAGGUAUCCUCACAGAUUGGUUCAAAAGCUGGAAUGAGUGUGAACAGACGGUGGCACUGCUGUCCCUCCUGAAGAGGGCAUCCCGCACCCAAGCUCGCUUUCUACACAUCUGCCUUGAACACUGGCUGGCAGACUGCACUGACAUCCACAUCCUUGAAGCUGAGGCCAACAAUGCAGCAAUUGUCAGCCAGUGGCACCAGGAACCAAAAGAGAAAGUGGUGUCCUUGCUGUUGUCCCAUCUGCCUCUGCUGCAACCACGUAAUAGUGAGGCCAAAUGUGAGUACAUGAAGCUGCUGCAGAAGGUUUUGAGUCACACUAUUGAGAGUAGCCUGUUUGUGGAAGAAAGCAGGCAGCUGCUAUCUUAUGCCCUCAUCCACCCUGCCACCACACUGGAUGAUCGCACAUCUCUCGCCAUGUGGCUGAACCACCUGGAGGAGCACCUUUCCAGUGGGUAUACACCACGUGCUCCAUCCAGCCCAUACCACCCACGCCAGGGCUCUGAUGAGUGGCCCAGUUCUGCUGAGUCUCUGGACCCCGGCCUUGUCUGGCACGACAAGUCUCCUUCAUCCAGCACACCUUCAGCAGGACAGAAUGGACACAUGUCGUUCCCAGGCAGGAUGUCCUCACCUAUUAACAGCAAUAAUACAGGUCUUGGUGGGCAGAUGCAGCCCAGCCCUCAGAAGAAGUCCAUCUCCAUUAUUCCUUCCAGUCCCCAGGCUUGUGGGUCUGAGUGGGUUAGCCAGGAUGAUGCAGUGGGCCGACAGAACUUUAUUCCAACAGACCACGCACCCCUUUCGCCCCAGAGCAGUGUAGCUUCUUCAGGCAGUGAGCAGACAGAAGAGCAAGGCUCCGUUCGCAACACCUUCCAGGAGGAUGGCAGUGGUAUGAAAGAUGUUCCUGCAUGGUUGAAGAGUCUCCGCCUUCAUAAAUAUGCAUCACUUUUCUCCCAGAUGACCUAUGAGGAGAUGAUGAUUCUCACAGAGCAGCACCUGGAGUCACAGAAUGUCACUAAAGGAGCACGGCAUAAGAUUGCCUUGAGUAUCCAGAAACUCCGAGAGAGGCAGAGUGUGCUCAAGUCUUUAGAAAAGGAUAUUUUGGAAGGGGGAAACUUGCGUAACGCCCUCCAGGAGCUGCAGCAGAUUAUAAUUACACCUAUUAAGGCCUACAGUCCACUUACUGCAGCACAUCCUGCCUCAGACACCACCACAUCACCUUCAGAUACUACAAAAACAGGAACGGAUAAAGAGCCGGCCCCAGAGGGUUUCCAAUCCAACAAUCCACCUCCCUGUGAUGGAGAUUCCUCAGUCACACCCAUCUCAGAUGGUGAUAUUGCUGGACAGUUCACCCGUGUCAUGGGUAAAGUUUGCACCCAAUUGCUGGUGUCAAGGCCAGAUGAAGAAAAUAUCAGCUGUUACCUUCAGCUUAUUGAGAAGUGUCUGACACAUGAGGCUUUCACAGAAACUCACAAGAAAAGGCUGGUCUCCUGGAAGCAGCAGGUCCUCAAACUGCUCCGCUUGUUCCCUCGGAAAGCUAUGCUGGACAUGCCUGGGUACCGUCAGAAAGGCUGGACCUAUGGGUCCAACUCCCUCCCCACAGCAGGUUCUGUAAGUGGAGGUGUAGGGCGGCGUGGCCAAAGGCAGUUCCAAAUGACCCCUCGUGGACUCCCAGCUGGACGGAUGUGUCUUCCUGCUGGGAUUACGGGAGUUUCUCCACGCCACACACUCACCAGUCCUGCGCUGGCAGGACAGGGUAGACAAAACCUGUGGUUUGCCAACCCCGGAGGCAGUAACAGCAUGCCAAGUCAGAGUCGCAGCUCUGUGCAGCGGACCCACUCACUCCCUGUCCACACUUCCCCUCAAACCAUGCUCAUGUUCCAGCAGCAAGAAUGCCAAGUUCCAGGUGCUGACCUGGAGAUCAACCCCACGCUGGAAUCACUGUGCCUCAGUAUGACAGAGCAUGCCUUAGGGGCUUAAAACACUCAUGGGCAAAAUACGAUGGAACAGACCGGACUUCAACAAUAUGAAAAGAAGAAAGGAAAAAUACACUUCAUUUGAGGCCUAUUCAGAUCCUCAUCACCCAGCACAAAGAUAUACGUAUGCUUCAGAAAACCAGGCAAAGCAGUCACUACAAAAUGACAAAAAAACUGUGUAUAUGUUCUCUAAUAUUUUUGUACGUUAUUAUAUACAACUAAGUUUAUUAAAAAUGGAAUACAGAUGA